AUGGGAGAUGCCGACGCCAAGAGCAACAAGCUGAACCGGGAGCUGCUGCGAUGGAUACAGAGCUUGGACCUGGCCUACUCCAUCAAGAACGUCAAGCGCAGAGACUUUGCCAAUGGCUUCCUCGUGGCCGAGAUCCUGUCGCGCUACUAUGACAAGGACAUCAGCAUGCACUCGUACGACAACGGCAUUGGCAUGAAGGUCAAGAAGGACAACUGGGACCAGCUGGCCAAGAUCUUCGGCCGCUUCGUCGACCUGGAGCCGCUGACCAACAAAGCCGACAUCGACGCCAUCAUCCACUGCCAGAACGGCGCAGCAGUUGCCUUCCUCACUAAGCUCUACCAGUGCUUGACAAAGCGCACGAUCCAACCUACCGCCGUAACGCAGCCACCCACCGCAGGUUCAGGCAACAUAGCAGCACCCGCUAGUGUGGCCAAAGGCUUGGACACGGUGGAGGAAAUCCCUCCUUACGCCAAACCGACCAACUCGGCCUUCAUUCGAGACAAGAUGCGUGAGCCUGAGAUCGCUGAGACGAAAGACCAGACGCAGCUGAACCGGAAGAUGCGGGAUAUUCACUCGCAACACGAGGAAACACAGCAGCUCGAGCGUCUGAUGACCGACACCCCGGACAGAUAUCCAACUCUGCGCAGCGCCAGCAAAGCCACCGUGUUGCGAGGUGCGACCAAACCUGUUCGCAAUGACGACAGCAACCCUGUGCUCAUGACUCAGCAGGUUGUGCGCGAGGUGCAGAUCAAGACCAUCAACCAGAAGGGGCUUGAAAAGCUUCGUGCGACGCGAGAGGCCAAGGAAAGUGAAUCUCUGGGCUUUUCGGGCCAUAGCUCAAGUGGUUUACUCGGUGAAGGGCGCAAUGGUGUUGCUUCUUUCGACACGCGGGGUAUGAAUGGCGGAGGAAACAGCAACCCGGAGCUCGUCCAGAGACGGAGACCAAUGGAUCUGCUGAAUGAGGCCGUGACUCGCAAACUUGCAAGUAUGGGGCUCACGCUGAAGCCUCGAGGGGGAAAAGAUAAAUUCGAGAAUUUCAUCGACAAUGCGUACGAAGGACAUAUUUUUGGAGACCACGAGUGUGCGGAGGUGAUAAGAGGGAUCGAGGAAGAGGCUGAGCUGCUUGCGGUGGCGUUCUUAGACUUCCCACGGGAGUUCUGGAAGUUUGUUGGGCUCAUGCAUUCUUUCUUCACGGAGCAUGACGAGAACCACGUCUUCUUUCGGGCAUCAGCAGAAUUGUUUCAGGUUCUAGGCCAGUAUUGUGUCCGUCGAGAUGCUACUGCUGCAUCGUUACUCAUGCCCGAGUUCCUGCUUCCGAAGUUCACGCCGAUUCUCAGUCGAUACGCCAACAAGCGAGCUCCUCUGCUACGGAUAUUCUACGCGUUCCUGCCCAACACAGUACUGGCGCACAUCCAAGCCAUCAAGCAUCUGCGUGAGGCACUGGCUAAUGACAUCCCGUUGUUCGUGCACAUGUUGACGAUCCUAAUUGGCAUGGAAAACGAGCUGGACGACACACUUGUGGACUUGUAUCACUACUACUGCUGUAUCGGGCUGGAAACACCGUGUGAAAAGCUGCGAGCUGCCUGUUUGUCCAUGCUGAUUCCGUUCCUGAACUACGACGUGAACCUCGUUCUAGACUUACUGCCCCGAUUGACACAAUUGUCGUCCAGACACGCUUGGUGGGAGGUGAAGGCGCAGCUUCUCAUCGUCGCAUCAGCUUUUCUUCGGACGGCGCCAACUCACCGAGCGCAGAGCGAAGAUGACGCAGGGGAUAUACCCGAGGAGCCAACCCGAGAUUUUACAGAGCAGAUCGAGUUGUGUUUAACCAUUAUCGAGCGCGAGUUCCAUCCCGAAGCGAGUCUGAAUCUGCGGCGCGUUGGGUUAUCAUAUCUCGCGAGGAAUCUGGAGCAGUACCAGGAACUCGUGCCGCUGUACGUAGAUGUACUACUCAGCCUUCCGGGAUCUUUACCUGUCCACGGUGCGUCUGGCGCAACUUACCAGCUUCUACCACUUGUUGCGAACUGGGACUCGGUCGCUAUUGCCAAGCAAGUGUUCUACGAGCACAAGAAUCAAAGCUCAGCCAACACGGACGUCCUUUUGGUCAUGUUGAAGUGCUUCGAGCAGUUGCUACACUCUGGCCAGACGCUCAACGUUCGAAUGCUAUACGAUCAAAUGAAGGGAUACAUCGUGUUGGGCUUUGGAAGCCCCGGUACUUGCGAGAUCAGCGCCAACAUCGUCAAAGUCGCGCUUGCGGCAUUGGACGGCAGUGAGACUGACGUCUUCCAGCAUGUGGCGCUGGUCGAAACUCUGCAGAGGCUCGUGACCAGAAAUGUCGACGACAUCCGCCAACAGACCGUAGUAAAGUUGCUGCACGAUGCCCACGUAAUGAGCCCCCAAUGGGCGGAAAAGGUUCUACGCUGUGUCAACAACUUGCGGUCAAUGUGUGACGCGGAUACGUUCAAGUCUUCGCUCUUCUCAAUCGCGUUUGAACUUGACGGGUAA